AUGUUUACAACGAAUGUAUUUGGAGUAUGUUUAUUCGUAAUUGUGUUUAAAAAUUGUUAUGGAGCAAUUGAUAUUGGUAAAUACAUCCCCGUGUGUGACAGAAAUUCACCUGAAGUCAAUGACUGUUUGAUCGAAGCAGUCAGCAAAGGUCUUGAUGCCAUGGCAAAUGGUAUCAAAGAUUUAGGGGUGCCUGCUAUUGACCCUUACCAUCAAAAAGAACUAAAACUCGAUUACAAUAAUAAUCAAAUAUCAGCAAAAAUGUCUAUUAGUAAUAUCUACGUAUCAGGCGUCUCAUCAGGAUCUACGGUAAAAGAUGUCAGACUACGUGCCGAGGAUGACAGUUUUCACAUGGAAAUAGAUAUGUUUACACCACAAAUAAUUUCCAAAGGCCAUUACAGCGGCGGGGGAAGCUACAACGCAUUACGCAUCAAUGCUUCUGGCGACUUUAACACCAUUAUGAGUGACCUGACAUAUACCUGGAAAUUAGAUGGAACUCCUGAAAAAAUCGAUGGCGAAACAUAUGUAAGAAUAAAUUCGUUUUACAUGCGACCUGAUGUCGGCAAUAUGGUGACAAAUAUGACUAACGAGAAUCCUGAUAGCAAGGAAUUGACUGAUCUGGCGUUACGACUUACAAAUCAAAACUGGAGGUUAUUAUAUCGUGAACUUUUACCGUUUGCACAAAGCAACUGGAAUAAGACCGGUAUUCGUAUCGCUAACAAACUUUUCCUUAAAGUACCCUAUGACCAGUUGUUCCCAGUAAAAUCUUAA